AUGCUGAGCUUAAAGUUUUGCACGGUAUGUGCUUCCAAUCAGAAUAGAUCAAUGGAAGCGCAUAAAGUGUUACGAGAUGCUGGUUACACUGUUUCGUCCUAUGGGACUGGGUCAGCGGUAAGGCUUCCUGGACCUUCUAUAGAUAAACCAAACACAUAUGCAUUUGGCACGGCUUAUGACGAUAUAUAUAAAGAGCUUGAAGGUCAAGACUCACGAUUAUACACCCAGAAUGGGGUUCUAAAGAUGCUCGAUCGUAAUCGUCAUGUCAAACAAGCACCAGAGAAGUUCCAACAAAACACCAAAGUGUUUGAUUUCAUCAUCACUUGCGAAGAACGUUGUUUCGAUGCGGUGAUAGAUGAUUUAUACAAUAGAGGAGCGAUCUUGAAUCGAGUCGUUCAUGUGAUAAAUGUUGAUAUUAAGGAUGAUACAGAAAGCGCGGCGGUCGGGGGCCAGGCAAUUUUGAAAUUGGUCAACGCGGUUGCUGCCAAGAAGAAGGAAAUCGAGAAAGACAGUGAUGAUGGCGAUUGUUUGGAGGACCAUUUAAUGGAUAUCAUGACCCAGUGGCAGUUGGAGCACCCACAUUUACUUUUAUUAUAUAACGUUGCCUACUACUAA